AUUUGACCGAAUGCACGCAUUUAGACCAUUUAGAAUUUGACUAUGUAGGGCACAUUGUACUGUACCAGUGUAUCUGGCUUGUAUACUUGCGCGUGGAUGACGCUCGUGCUCUGACAGAUUCCUCAGGCUGUGUGAGGAUGUGAGGAUGCGCUGGGAGAGAUACGACGCUAAUUAGAGCCUGUGUAUGUGAAAUCAUGAUGACUGCUUUACAGUGUUAGGCAGUUGAUUUUGAAUUAAUUAGUACAGAAAUCAUGAAAAAAAAAUUAUUUGACAUUUAUGGUUCUACAAAAAAAAGCCUUGAACCGAGGACAUUUUAUAUGUAUGCUCAUGGGGUCUGAGCAGGUGGAGAUGGGGAAAUGUCCAGAACAGGACACUGGAAAUGCCGUCCAGACACAUAUUGCUUCUUCCAACAAAGAUAUGCAGGACGACGUGAACAGGUACACUCUUGGCUGGCUGAACGCACCUCCAAACGCUUGCUGCUUCUGCUGGUGCUGUUGCUGUAGCUGCUCCUGUCUUACAGUAAGACCUUCUAAGGCAGAGGCAGAAAAGAUGCAGAAGAUAAAUGAGAAACAACAUGAAGCUACAGUUGAGGAACCGGCUGGUCUAACACUAGAGGAGGCGCAAUCGUGGGCAAAAUCAUUCGAACACUUGAUUAAGAGCCCGAAUGGCCGGAACAAUUUCCGUCAGUUCCUUAAGAGUGAGUUCAGUGAGGAAAACCUGUUGUUCUGGCUGGCCUGUGAGGAGCUAAAGAAAGAGACCAACAGAACUGUGGUGGAACAGACUGUUAAGCAAAUAUACGAGGACUACGUUUCUGUGCUGUCACCUAGAGAGGUGAGUCUGGAUUCACGUGCUCGGGAGGUGAUUAGCAAGAACAUGCUGAAUCCGUCCUCUCAAACCUUUGAUGAGGCACAGCAGCAAAUAUACACACUCAUGCAGCGAGAUUCAUAUCCUCGUUACAUGAACUCCAGCGUUUAUGCAGACCUUAUUGCAAGUUUGGAAGCAGCAGAGAAGUCCUAACACACAGGCACAUGUAGAACCUCUCUCUCUCUCUCUCACAGACACACACACACACACAUUCUAAACAGUCAAAUGAAUCCUGAUCCUUACACUGAUAUGAUUAUCUCAGACAACAGUCCCCUCCGAAAGUAUUGAAAUACUCUCUCAUACCCGUGUCAGACUACAUUCAUUCAUCCUUGACCACACUCACUUUCCAGUGUCCUGAUGUACUGUUACAUUCUUCUGGAUUUUUAUAACACUUUGAGUCCACUAAAUUAUUAGUUAGUGGUUAAAAGGGAAAACACUAGAUUCUUGCUUUAGGGUUUAAAUGAUUAUAUGUAAAUAUUCAAAUGAAAUGAAGAUAUAUUUGAAUAUUUGUCAGCCUUAGUUGUGCAUGGGGCACUGAAAUGGCAGAUGAAUACUUGUGCCUUGCUAUACAUACAGAGGAUCUACAUUAUGAUAUAUAACUGCUCCUAAUAUAAAGUUUAUUACAAUUCAAGGUGCUUUUAAUUAUGGUGGAACAGAAUGAAAGUUAUGACUAUAUUUAAAACAUAUAUGUACAUCUCUCUCUCUGUCUCUCUCUCUCUCUCUCUCUCUCUCUGUCUUUCUGUCUCCCUCACACACACACACACACACACACACACUAGAACAUCUGAAAUAGGACUUGGACCAAUAAAGCUCAGUUUUGUGAUCUAUUUAUUACUACAUGCAUGUUUUUGAAGUUCAGAGGAUGCAUUUGAUAUAUUCACUUGUGUAUACCGGGAUAAACUGUAUAAAAGAUAUAUAAAUCAAUAAUAAAGCACAAAUA